AUGAUCGACCAAUAUCGCAAUGCUCCUUUUCUCCGGAUUGCAACCUCAUCGCUACCAGUUCAUGGUCCGGAUUAUGUCGAAUAUGGAAUGUACCAAGUUGCUUUCCGAAUUAUAGGACACGCUGAUCACGUCGGUGGACUCGCCUGGCAUCCACAGUCCACUCUCUCUAUCGACAAGAAUGUCGUAAAUUUAGCAUCCGGAUCUACGGAUGGUUUGAUUUAUCUCUGGUCCCUGGAAAGCGAUGCACCUAUAAGUUCAUUAAGAGGUCAUACCUCGAGAAUCUCAAGAAUUGAUUUUCAUCCUUCUGGAAGAUUCCUUGGGUCGGCAAGUUAUGACUACUCUUGGCGUUUGUGGGACAUCGAAACAACAAAAGAGCUUCUUUUACAAGAAGGUCAUUCUAGAGAAGUCUAUGCUAUUCGAUUUCAAAACGAUGGUGCUUUAGUUGCCACAGGGGGGUUAGAUGCCAUCGGACGUGUCUGGGAUCUAAGAACAGGUCGUUCUGCGAUGGUGUUAGAAGGCCACGUUAAAGACAUUCUAGCUGUUGACUUUUCACCAAACGGAUAUCAAGUGGCUACAGGAAGUGCCGAUAAUUCGGUGCGAAUUUGGGAUAUCCGAACUUUACGUUGUAGUUAUACGAUUGCUGCACACAAAUCGCUCGUAUCGGAUGUGAGGUUCUUUCAUGGUUCCUCGACAUUGGUCAGCGAAGAAUGGGACAAUGGCAUCAGACCAACAAUUUCCGGAUUAUACAUGGUUACUUGUGGAUACGAUGGUUUUGUAAAUAUUUGGUCCUGUGAUGAUUGGAAUUUGCUGAAGAAAUUGGCAGGGCAUGAUGGUAAAGUAAUGUCGAUCGACGUUUCCUCAGGCAUGUAUUUUUGCGAUAAAAAUCUUUCAUCGAUUUGA